GCCAGAGUGCACAGCCCCAGGGCGCGGGUGUGAGCAGAAAAGCGAGCGGUGCAUCCAGGCGGAGGAGAAGGAGGAGGAGGAGGAGGCAGGAGCGGUACAGAGCACAGGGGCUCCUGCCUUGGAGUAGCAGCAGCGAUGGGGCUCCGCGCUGCUCUGUUCGACGUCGGCGGAGUGCUGCUGCGUCCCUCCCCGAACGUCAUCUUCCGCCAGGCGGAGGAAGUCGCCGCCCUGCCCAGCGGCUUUUUAAACAAAGUCGUUACUCAAGAAGGCCUUGAUAACCCUUACCAGUGCCUCAUCAGAGGAAAGAUCACAUUUUUACAGUGGGUUUCUCUCGUGGAAGAAGAUUGUAGGAAGCUUUCUGCAGCCUCUGGUUUCUGCCUUCCUGAGCAAUUCUCCAUACGGAAAAUCUAUGAAGAUGUCAUUUCAAAAGGAAAGAUCAAUUACCCUGUUCUUCAGGCUGCCAUCACUUUGAGGAAAAAGGGAUAUAAAACCUGCAUCAUUACCAACAAUUGGCUUGAUGAUAGUUCCCAGAGAGACACUUUUGCCCAGUUGUUACAAACCCUAAGGAAACACUUUGACCUAAUCAUAGAAUCAUGCCAAAUUGGAAUGGCCAAGCCAGACCCAGAAAUUUAUAAGUUUGCCCUGGAGGCAUUGAAGGUGGAACCACAUGAGGCUGUUUUCUUAGAUGACACUGGGGCCAACCUCAAGAAAGCUCGUGAAAUAGGAAUGGUCACCAUCCUUGUCCAAGAUAUCGACACGGCCCUGAAGGAGUUGGAAAAAUCAACUGGCAUUCAGCUUCUCAAUGAUGUGGUGGUGCAGCCUAUCGCAAUCAAGCCAAGUGAUGUUGCCCAUGGAUAUGUCGAAGUCAAGCCUGGUGUCCAGCUGCAUUUUGUGGAGAUGGGGUCUGGCCCUGUUGUGAUUCUCUGCCAUGGCUUUCCUGAAAGCUGGUUCUCUUGGAGGUAUCAGAUCCCUGCUCUAGCAGAAGCAGGCUACCGAGUCAUUGUUCCAGCUAUGAAAGGCUAUGAUGGUUCUUCUGGCCCCCACGAAAUAGAAGAAUAUUCCAUGGAAGUCAUGUGUAAGGAGUUUACUACUUUCCUGGAUAAGUUGGGCAUUUCCCAAGCGGUGUUUAUUGGCCAUGACUGGGGUGGUGCCCUGGUGUGGUACAUGGCCCUCUUCUAUCCAGAGAGAGUAAGGGCAGUGGGCAGUUUGAAUACACCCUUCGCACAAGUAGAUCCAGCUGUACCUUCUAUAGAGAGGAUCAAAGCCAAUCCAAGGUUUCAUUACCAGCUGUACUUCCAAGAACCAGGAGUGGCAGAGGCUGAACUCGGGAAGGACCUGACCCGGACGUUCAAAAUAAUGUUCCGAGCAAGUGAUGAGACGCAGUAUAUGACAAUGGGAAAUCCUAUUGAAACAGGAAUUCUGCAAAAAAACACGAAUCCCGAGUUCAGUAGGAUGGUAACAGAGGAGGAGAUUGAAGUCUAUGUGCAGCAGUUCAAGAAAUCUGGCUUCAGGGGUCCCUUGAACUGGUAUCGGAACAUGGAUGCAAAUUGGAAAUGGAGCUGUGCUGGAGUAAGAAGGAAGAUCUUGAUUCCAGCCCUGAUGGUCACAGCUGAGAAAGAUAAGGUCCUCCUUCCAAAGUAUUCUGAGCGCAUGGAAAUGUGGAUCCCCAACCUAAAACGGAGACAUAUUGAGAACUGUGGACACUGGACUCAGAUGGAAAAGCCAAGAGAGGUGAAUCAGAUCCUCAUUGAGUGGCUACAAGAUGUGGUCAAGAAUCCGUCAUUGGUCUCUAUGCUCUAAUGUGGGAUGUAUGUGAGCAUGUGUGUGUGUGUGUGUGUGUGUGUGUAUGAGGUCCUGCAAACACCUCUGUCAUUCAUAUGGGGAGAUAUCAAAUGAUGGCUUUCUCUUCCAUCUACCCCCUUUAAGCAACAACAUUAUUAGAGGCUGGUGGGAUACACCAGAAAGGCAAUGGCGCUUCCUUCUCUUCCUGCUACUGCACACAUCACAAAUAAGGGCUUCAGUUCUGGGUAGGGACGGGUGGGGAAGGAGGUCAGUUGGUUUAGUGAGCAAAGAUAAGAAUCUAUUUGAAUUAAUCCCAUUAACAUUUUCUUCCUUAUGAUUGUAAUUGGAAUAGGGAAUUAAAUAAUAAGGAUUUAAUUUAGAAAGUCAGAUUGGGAAAGGAUAAUCAUUAUCAACUGGUCCAGAAGUCAGAAGCUCCUGGGUUCCAGUUCUAGCUCAGCUACUUAUUAGUUUAAUGACCAAGGACAAGUCAUUCAACCUUUCUGAACCUCAACCAUCCAGUGAGAGUUGGACAAGAACUAGAUAAUCUCCCUGGUCUCUUCCAUCUCUAGCAUAAAUAUAUCAAUCAGGAAAUUUAAAAUGGAGCAAAUUUUGCAGGAUAAAGAAACCACUAAAUGAAUAAGAUCUCCUGAUUAGUCUUGAGGUGUGAGAUGAGGGAGGUAAAACUGGGGUUUCUAAUUUGAUUGAACCUUUAAUAGUGUUGCAAAUUAAUUUGUUAAUCAUGGUUGUGACUACAAUAAAAAAUUUUGUCAAAGGCAAA